CAUUCAACGAAGAGACGCGAUUGGUGCCGAACUCGAACGCAACCCUAGUGAUUCCGCAACACACCGACGGAGCGGGCGAAAGGAGCCGAGCUGCAACUUAACCACAUGUUUAGAUUCUCCAUUUGAACGGAUUAGCUGAUUUAAAAGUAGGAGUACGUGAGUAACGAGAUUAAACUGAUUCGGCGCUGAUAUGAAUUUGUUGUCGAAUCUCUCACGAGGAGACUAGCGGAGGACAAGCCGGCCAGUUCCACCAGAGCCUUUAGCCCGCUAGCUAACUCGUUAGCACCGGAGCCGCUAAUUCGUCCACUCUGACCGUUACACCUGCGUUCCACGCUGUUCUCAAGUACAGACAGCUACUAGCCGUACACCUGUCAGCUGAGUGGUUGUUUAAUCUUACAACCCUCUUUAAAUACUUGUUAGGAACCACCCGCGAACACCGGUGGGCGAAAAGACCGUGACUGGUUGAGGUUGGAACCAGCGGAACAAGUGGUGUCCUCGAGUCACCAUGGACAACGCGCACACCAAGACGGUUGAAGAAGUUUUCAGCUUUUUUAACGUAAAUGAAAGCACCGGUUUGAGUUCGGAGGAAGUGAAGAAACAACGAGAACGAUAUGGCCCAAACGAGUUGCCAGCAGAGGAGGGAAAAUCCUUGUGGGAACUGGUCGUUGAACAGUUUGAAGAUUUGCUUGUGAGGAUCCUUUUACUUGCUGCCUGCAUAUCUUUUGUGCUGGCCUGGUUUGAAGAGGGAGAAGAGACUGUCACAGCCUUCGUGGAACCUUUUGUUAUAUUGCUUAUUCUCAUAGCAAAUGCUAUUGUAGGAGUCUGGCAGGAGCGUAAUGCAGAAAAUGCCAUUGAAGCUCUAAAGGAAUAUGAGCCAGAGAUGGGGAAGGUAUACCGCCAGGACAGGAAGAGCGUCCAGAGAAUCAAGGCCAGGGACAUUGUCCCAGGAGACAUCGUGGAAGUGGCAGUUGGUGAUAAAGUGCCGGCAGACAUCAGACUGACUUCUAUAAAGUCGACCACACUGAGGGUGGACCAGUCCAUUCUCACUGGAGAGUCUGUGUCUGUGAUCAAGCACACAGACCCGGUGCCAGACCCACGGGCCGUCAACCAGGACAAGAAGAACAUGCUGUUUUCUGGUACAAACAUUGCAGCGGGUAAGGCUGUUGGUGUGGUGGUGGCCACGGCUGGAAACACUGAAAUCGGUAAAAUCCGAGAUGAGAUGGCCUCGACAGAGCAGGAGCGGACGCCCCUGCAGCAGAAGCUAGAUGAGUUUGGACAGCAGCUAUCUAAGGUCAUUUCACUGAUCUGCAUUGCUGUAUGGAUCAUCAACAUCGGGCAUUUCAAUGACCCCGUACACGGAGGCUCCUGGAUCCGAGGAGCCGUCUAUUACUUUAAGAUCGCCGUGGCUCUGGCUGUUGCUGCUAUCCCAGAGGGCCUCCCUGCUGUCAUCACUACCUGCCUGGCUUUAGGGACACGCCGUAUGGCUAAGAAAAAUGCUAUUGUUCGCAGUCUGCCCUCCGUGGAGACCCUCGGCUGUACAUCUGUCAUCUGCUCUGACAAAACUGGCACUCUGACCACCAAUCAGAUGUCUGUGUGCAGGAUGUUCAUCAUCGAUAGAGCUGAGGCUGACAGCUGUUCAUUAAAGGAAUUCACCGUUACUGGCUCCACAUACGCCCCAGAUGGACAAGUUUUUCAUAAUGGCAAAGCAGUCAAGUGUUCCCAGUUUGAUGCCUUGGUGGAGCUGGCCUCCAUCUGUGCUCUUUGUAACGACUCUUCACUGGACUAUAACGAGACCAAAGGUGUUUACGAGAAGGUGGGUGAGGCCACAGAGACGGCUCUGACGUGCCUGGUGGAGAAGAUGAAUGUGUUUGACACAGACAUCAAAAGCCUAUCCAAGGUUGAGCGAGCCAACGCCUGUAAUUCUGUGAUCAAGCAGCUGAUGAAAAAAGAAUUUACUUUGGAGUUUUCCAGAGACAGGAAGUCCAUGUCCGUGUACUGUUCUCCUAACAAAGCCCGCUCCUCUGUUGGAAAGAUGUUUGUAAAGGGUGCACCAGAGGGAGUGAUUGACAGGUGCACACACAUCCGUGUAGGCAGCAACAAGGUGCAGAUGACUCCUGGCAUCAAGGAGAAGAUAUUGUCUGUGAUCCGGGAGUACGGGACCGGCAGAGACACUUUGCGCUGCCUGGCUCUGGCAACACGAGAUAAUCCCAUGAGUAAAGAUGAAAUGAUGUUGGAGGACUCGUCUCGCUUUGUAGAGUACGAGACUGACUUGACAUUUGUGGGUUGCGUGGGCAUGCUGGAUCCUCCCAGGGCAGAGGUGGCAGCCUCAAUUCGGCUCUGUCGCCUCGCAGGCAUCAGGGUAAUUAUGAUCACUGGAGACAACAAGGGGACAGCAGUGGCUAUUUGCAGACGUAUCGGCAUCUUCGGGGAAGAUGAUGAUGUUUCUAGCAUGGCGUUCACUGGCAGAGAGUUUGACGAUCUUUCACCUGCUGCACAACGAGACGCUGUGGUUAAAGCCCGCUGCUUCGCUCGAGUCGAACCAGCGCAUAAAUCUAAGAUUGUGGAGUAUCUGCAGUCCUACGAUGAGAUCACCGCUAUGACUGGCGAUGGAGUGAACGAUGCCCCUGCUCUGAAGAAGGCUGAGAUCGGUAUCGCCAUGGGCUCAGGAACAGCCGUGGCCAAGACCGCCUCAGAGAUGGUGCUGGCUGAUGACAACUUUUCUACCAUUGUAGCUGCAGUGGAGGAGGGCAGAGCCAUUUACAACAACAUGAAGCAGUUCAUCAGAUACCUGAUCUCUUCUAAUGUGGGAGAAGUUGUCUGCAUCUUCCUGACUGCAGCUCUGGGCUUCCCUGAAGCUCUCAUCCCUGUUCAGCUGCUCUGGGUCAACCUGGUGACCGAUGGUUUGCCCGCCACUGCUCUAGGGUUCAACCCUCCCGACUUGGACAUCAUGAGCAAACCUCCACGCAAUGCUCGGGAGCCCCUCAUCUCCGGGUGGCUUUUUUUCAGAUAUCUGGCCAUUGGUUGUUAUGUUGGGGCUGCCACUGUUGGAGCUGCUUCAUGGUGGUUUGUUGCUGCUGAGGAUGGACCGAGGAUCACCUUUUACCAGCUGAGUCAUUUCUUGCAAUGUGGUCCAGAGAAUCCAGACUUCCAGGGUCUGGACUGUAAGGUGUUUGAGUCCCCUUACCCAAUGACCAUGGCCCUGUCCGUUCUUGUUACUAUAGAGAUGUGCAAUGCUCUGAACAGUGUAUCAGAGAAUCAGUCCCUGCUACGGAUGCCUCCCUGGGAAAAUGUGUGGCUGCUUGGUGCCAUCUGCCUCUCCAUGUCUCUUCACUUCCUCAUCCUCUACGUGGAGCCUCUUCCGAUCAUCUUCCAGAUUACCCCUUUGAAUCUGACUCAGUGGCUGAUGGUGCUGAAGAUCUCGCUGCCUGUCAUUCUCCUGGACGAGCUGCUCAAGUUUGCUGCCAGGAACUACCUGGAGCCCGGUAGAGAGCUGGAGAAGCCUGCCGGCUCCAAAGGCUGCUCUCUGUUUGCAUGUAUGGAGGGCAUCUCCUGGCCCUUUGUGGCCAUUUCCCUCCCCUUGGUCGUCUGGAUUUACAGCUCUGACACUAACAUGGCUGACAUGUUCAUGUCCUGACUCACCUGAGCACAACCUCGACAUUUCUCAUUCCCCCCCCCCCCCCCCCCCUCUGUCCAUCCCUCCCACUGCCAUCACCUCCCUCUUUCCUUCUAUCUCUUCCUUCCUAAAUGUGCAUAGCUUGUGUGUGUGUGUGUGUGUGGCAUUGGUGUGUGUUUGAGUGUGAGCUUGUGUGCACAAGAAGGACCAACUUCAACUCCUGAAACGUAACAAAUAAUCUAAAACGCUGAAAGGUUGCUUGUUUUGAGUUGGGCUAGGAUUUGUGAAUGAGUGUUAGAGGACCACCACUCCCAUAGCUGUGGACUGUACCGCUGGUUUAAAAGCUAAUAGUGUUGCCAUUUUUUGUUUAUAUUGCCUUUAAGGUAAAUUUUAUAAAUAUGUUAGGAUUAACUGUCAUGUCACUACAGUUAUAAAGAAUGGUUUUGUUCAGGUUCCCUCCCAAUGAAAAGAAAGUUGAAGAUAUCAGCUUAAGUGAUUUGUACAGAGAUCGAACACUAUUUUAUGCAACAUUUUUUUUAUGGCUUUGUAAAUUUUUUAACCAGCGUGGCUUAGAGAUACCGCCUUGAUUUCUUUUCUGUUUACCAUUGUGUCUUCAGUCAAAACUCAGAACACUGAGAGGACAAAGCUCCAUAUGGCAGACCAGGGCGGGAAAUGUUUGGGUUAAACUAAGGAAAAAACAUCCUGGGAAACAGAAAAAAGCUGCAUGUCUUGUGACCGAGCAUAAUCUGUACGCGUUUCUCAUUUCUAAUUUAAUUGUGUAAGUUCCCCUUGUUAAAGUAGAAAUACCUUUGUGAAUGUUUUUUUUUAAUGGUAGUGAUUGAAAACGUUUUUUCUGCACCUGGCAGAGCACAGCUACCUCAGUGUGAUGAAAGAAUCGCUUCUGCUCAUCCUGACAUGCUUCUCCUAAUCAGUCUAGCUAAACGAGAACACCUGAGGUGUGCCCCCAAUUUGCUUGUGCAGAAAACAAAGCCUCCCUCCCUUCAAACUCUUUUAAGGAUAUACUUUGUUUGUAUGAUUUUCGUUAGCGUGUGGAGAUGGAGCUGUGUGGGGAUGCUGUAUGUUCUUUUCAUUUCAUGGCGUUUGAUUCAAAGGACGGUAAUAGUCUUUACAAAAACUACUAAUACAUUAAGUACUUUAAGCAACUGCAGUUAAAACAUGUUUUGUUUUUCUACAAGGAAAAAAUACACUCAAUGAACCCUUUGAAUCAAGUGUUUUCUGUCUUUAUUUAACCCGGUUCUCAUGUUCAUAUCCGUGUUUUUGUGUUUAUUUGACUUGAAUACGAAUCCUGGACCGCCGUAGACAGGAAUGUUGAUUGGAGCUUAGCUUGUGGGUGAAAACGCACAUUUGGGUCAGCUAACUACACUAAGCGUGUGGACAUUUCCAUGUGUGAAAAGCCAUCUCAAGCAUGUUUUAGGUAGAAGCCUGGUUGUUCUCACUGCCUGUGUUUGUCUUAACAAAUGUGUGAUUUUUAUUUUUUUCUGCAAUGCCUUCCAUUGGCUCCCCUGUCAUUAGAGUGAGUAUUCAUCUCUUACAUCUUCCAUUAAAUACAUCACCACACGGGAAAACACACAUCAUUUCAUUUAGAAGUAUAUCAAAAGAAAAUCUUCAUAUGUAAAUGUGCAAAUGCAAGGAAAUGAUCAUGCCUCACCGUUUUACCACAUGUCACCGUGUGCUGCUAUUUUCACCUUUCUGACACACGCUUAUUUUCACAGAAUAUAUUUUGUUUAGAUAAAAUACAAGAUUUAGUUUCUUCUAAUGCUAUUUCUCUUUAUUUUAGGUUGGCUCUCAUGAAAGCCGGGUCGGACUAAGUAUCUGGAACCAGAGUGUGUUCUAACGCUUUAAUUACUCACCGCAAACACCGUGAAGACCAGCAGCACGUACAAAACAGCCGAGCGAAAAGGCAGACCGAUUACGUAAAAAUAUGCUUCUAGUUGCUUUCUUUUGCUCUUUGCAUCACAUCCUGAAAUUUGACCAAACAAAAAAAUGGACAUUAUUCCAGUCUUCUGUGCAGGGAAGCUCUUAACCUCGCUGAAUUAUUUUUUGCAUGAAGAACUUGUUGCACACUUGUCUGAGGAACUCUCAAAGCUCUGGGUUGUUUGGUCUUAGCUGUACAUCAGUGUAGAAACCUUCAUGCAUGCGUCUCAGCUGUACGUAGGCUUUGCAGUUUAUUUUUUGUAUUUAUAGAUUCUUAUGUAUAAUAUUCAAAGAUAUUAGGAUGGCUUUAAGAUAGAUCUAUAUGAUAAAUUGUAAAAUCACUGUUUUUAUCGUUAACCAUUUGGAACAUUUGCACAAUGUUGGACAUGAAUUGAGUCAUGCUGAACUUGACUCUGCUUAACUGCUUUUUAACGUUUGCCCCAUUAUUUAACAGCUCACUAAGCCUUUUACAGUCAUGAUUUAGUUCUUAAUGAGUUUAACAGACUUAUCACUCAUUUCUUUGUGAACCUGCAAUACAAAAAUGUGUUUGGUUUUCUUAUUGCCUUGACAUUCCUAUAAUUACUCUAUUCUGUAUCUUUAUCAACUGCUGUACUACUGUGAUUUUAAACUGAGGCCUGUUAAGCCUCCUCAUGACACCUGGUUGAAGAACAUUAUUAAAUGUAUGUUAACACAUCAAUCAGUGCUGAAGGCUGAUACUGAUUGUACAUGCAUUACUGAGGUUGUGUUUUCAGGUAAAUAAAAAUAAUUAAGUAUUUA